GAGAGUAAGCAUGUGUUUUAUUUUCAUGGUUCAAGUGAUUUAGUGUUUUUGAGAUUUGUUUGAGGUGACUUUUUUCGAUGGACUCUAUUGGACUAGCACGAUAUUGGAUGGAUAUUUUUGGAACACUACUUGUUGGUUGACAAAGCUUUUGAACCACAACCUUUUUAAAAAUAAAUCUAGAGUAACUGAGACUCUUGGAUACUACAUCACUGAGAUUAAACUUUGUGACAAUGCCUGUGAUUGUACUAGAGGCCAGAGACUUUGCCAGUCCUCUUUUUUUUGUGCGGACAUGGGAAGUCUUAUCCAGUUGUAUUACCUUCAGUCUGGUGGCUUCGCUGGAGAAAUCGGAGUUAAGCAGUGACUCAGAUCAAGUCAAACAUUUUGACACAUUCCAGGUCUUCUGCAUGUUUACCUGGUGCUUCUUCUUCACCCUCAGCCUCCUUAUCCACAUUCUCUCCGUCAUCCAGUUCCACAGCCUCAUCCCAAUAUCCUGGAAGAACUUGACAGUGACAGUGGCAGUCUUAGGUGCACUGAUGUGUCUCAGUGCCUCUGUGGUUUUCCCUUGGAUCAUCAUGGACCACCAAACUGUUUGGCCGCGCGCUGUGGCGGCUGCCGUGGCCUCCUUUGUCACCUUCCUUGCUUAUGCCUCAGAGUCCUACGUCCUGCGCACUCAAGCCCAUGAGCAAAGAGGCUACAUGGGCAGCAUGCCUGGUCUGCUCAAGAUACUCCAAUUGUGGGGUGGCUGUCAGAUGAUACUGCUGAUUGUGGACACAGUUCGCAAUCCAAGUGUAAUAGAUUGGCAGCUGUGGGUGUCCGGCGUGUCAUAUGGUAUUUGUUUAUUCAUGUCUCUAGUCAUACUAGUGGUAAUAUUAGGGGACUUUGCAGGGCGAUGUCUUCUACCUUUUGACAGAUUUUUAGCUGGCUUCAGUCUGAUUGGAGUGCUGCUGUACAUGGUGGCCACAGUGAUUUGUUUUACCAAAAUACUGCAGUUUGGAAACCUUCCACAAAAUGUCAAAAGAAGUGCAGAGCCGGUUAUCAUGGAAACAGUGGUUGCCACUAUUACACUGUUAGCCUAUACAGUGGACCUUGCCUUCUCCAUUAAACUGCUGUGCGACAGGAAUCACACAUGA